CCAGCUGUUUGGUCUGCAUCUAUUGCAACAAAUUGUAAAACUUACAUUUUAAAUAAGAAAAACCAUUAAAAGACAGCCGAGAGAAACAAAAAAUAUGUCUCAAGUCGCUUUCUUGGACAACCUGCUGAGGGAGUACCUUGUUUUCCGUGGAUUCUCUGGAACCCUAAAGGCCCUCGACUUGGAGCAGCGCACGGAAAAGGAUCAGCACUUUCGGGCGGAGAGGAUUCUGGAGCAAUUCAAUAAUGCUGUGCAAACUUCCGACCUUCAGGCUCUUAGAAGUCUGUGGUUCCACCUGGACAACAACAUAUUUUCCAAGCUGGAGCACACCUACGCCGUGGCGGUCAAGAAACUGGAGAACAGCCUCCUAAAAUACUACCUGGUUACCGCCUACAGCAGCAAUCGUGCCGAGAAGGUGUCCGAGUUCUUCACCAAGCUGGCAGGCGAGCUGCAGCAGCAGAGCGAAUGGAAGGAUUGGUUCUAUUUCCCCUUCUGCAGGAACGCCGAGGAGUCGCCCACCUUCGCGCUGUUCUUCACCAAGCAGUGGCAGGACACGCUGCUCCUGUCGCUGCGCAACUUCCUGACCACCGUCUACCAGUGCCUGCCGCAGCCCACAUUUGUGCGGGCGGAGCAGGAGGCGAUCCACAUGCAGCGCCUCAGCGAGGACAACGCCGGACUGCGCACUCGCCUGCUCAGCCUGCAGCAGGAGCUGCACCAGUUGACCCAGCAACAGCCGGGAACUUCCGCCGCCGGCGGUUCCCUUAGCGGAGGAGAUGGUGCCGCCCGGCGACGCAGCGUCUACCGCCAGCAGCAGAGCCUCAGCGACAUCCUGCCCUUCGACAUCAGUCCGCCCGGCCACAUCGUGGACGACUUCUGCAUCAUUGCCUCCGAGGCGAACAGCGUCAGCCAGGCAAGCGACGCCCAGGCGCGUGGCCUCAAGCUGCUCAUCCGUAACAUCGGAUCCGGCAGUUCGCCUGUGAUGGGACGCAAGGAUCAGACUGCCAGCUCCCUGGGCGACAAGUCCACCAAACGCAGGUCUGGUAGUGUGGGACGUAGUUGGAUUUAAAAGAUGAGUAAUCCGUACUGGUUCGAUUCUAGUGCAGCAUUUUAUUAUCAGUGAGAUAAUUGUAAUUAAGAUCAAAGCCUGGUCGAACAAAAGCUUACAAUAAUUUGCAAUAGGCGAGCAAAUCCCUAAUAUACUUUAUAACUCCAUUAUAUAUUUAAAUUAUCUAAAACAUUUUUAACCGAAUCAAAAAAAGCUACAUUUCCAAAUACUUUAGUUUAGUAUGCAUUAUAUAUAUUGCUAUUAAAGAUAAAAUUUUAAAAUAAUGUAUUCUUGUUUUUUAUACAUUUAAAAUAUUUAUAUUUUCCCUGUACCUUUAAAUGCGCACCAAAAACAAAUAAUUUGGUAGAGUUAUGAUGAGCUAAUAAAUUUUUGAAUGCAGCUUAAAUAAAAAAUUUCGAUGUAUCCCAAAAACAGAGUACCAUCUAGACAAAUA